AUGACAGAUACUGAUCCUAAUGCUAGUACAUCUCAGACUUUGAUAAGUAAGUUAGAUGUUGGAGAUCCAUUAUAUCUUCAUCCUAGUGACUCGAGUGCUUUGACUAUUGUUAGUGUUAAGUUGAAGCUUGAUAUAAAUAAUGCCUUCCUGUAUGGGUCAUUAUCUGAAGAAGUAUAUAUGUCUUUACCACAAGGAUUCGUUGAUUCAGAUUGGGCAAAGUGUACUAUGACUAGAAAGUCCGUUACUGGGUUUGGAGUGUUUCUUGGAGAUACUCUUAUAUCAUGGAAAAGCAAGAAACAAGGAGUUGUUUCUAGGUCUACGGCUGAGGCUGAGUACAGGGCAAUGUGCUCAGCCACAUGUGAGGAUGCUAUCUGGUUGGACUCCCUCCCACAGGGAGCAAUCACCACCUGGAAUGAUCUCCAAUCUAAAUUCUUACAGAAAUACUUCCCACCUUCGAAAACCGCUCGUCUUAGAAAUCUCACAUGUGCAUUCACUGAGCAGCCAGGGGAGUCUUUCUACGAAACUUGGGAUAGGUUUAAGGCGCUGCUAAACAAGUGCCCACACCAUGGGCUUGAGGAGUGGAGAGUCGUGGAGAAAUUCUAUAAUGGCGUUUCUGAAGCGACUAAGAGACUGCUUGACUCCACAGUAGGAGGCAACAUGAUGAAGACCAGUACUUACACCGAGCCAGGCUUUGGGGGCGUUACUGCUGCCCCUAAAGGUAUUCAUACGGUAGAUUCUAGUGUAUCUUUAGCCGCCCAGGUCGAAUCCUUGACAAAGAUGGUUAAGGACAUUCAGGUUAAGAUUAGCUCUAAGUGUGAGGUGUGUAGAGGUGGGCAUGAGACGAUAGAUUGCCCGGUAGGAUCUGAGGACGAGUUGAGUUUUGUUCAAAACCAGGGAUGGGGCCAGAGUUACAACUCUGGAUGGCAGCAACGCCAAACCUCGAACUGGCGAGGCGGGAAUCCCCCUGGAUUCCAACCACGUCGGAGUCUCUUUCAGACCCAUGCUGAUGGGCAAAGUAGUGGAGAGCCUAAGUCUGAGCUGAGUGAGUUUUUAAAGAGGAACGAGGAGAGCCAGAGUAGGACGAAUAAACUCCUAGAGUCGAUAGUGAUGCAGGGUGAGGCUAGACAUCAGGAGCAGCUUAAGAAAAACCAGAAGUUUGAGUUGAUGUUUAGGAAUCAGGGGUCCACCAUACAGAGUCUAGAGACGACCCUAGGAGAGAUGGCUAGUAAGAUGACUGAGAGGCCCGCAGGUUCAUUCCCUAGCCCCACCCAGCUUAACCCUAAUGCCCAGUUACAUGCCGUGUUCACAUGUAGUGGUAGGAGCACAGGAGUUGUUGAUGAGGGGUUUGAGAUAGAGAAGUUGAUAGAACCUGAGAGGGUUGUUGAGAAAGAGAUAGAAAUGGAAAAGGUAGUUGAGAAGGUAGUUGAACCAGAGGAGAAGAAAGUAGAAGAACCGGUUGAAGUGUAUGAGCCCAUUCCUCCAUACCCUAUGAGACUUUUGAAUAAGGAGCAAAUUGCUCAGUAUAAUGGGUUUUUGGAGAUGAUCAAAAAGCUCCACGUAGACAUUCCCUUCCUUGAGGCUUUGGCUAAAAUGCCUAACUUUGCUAAGUUUCUCAAGGGACUCUUGCUCAAUAAGAAGAAAAUUGAGGAUCUUUUAAUUAUUACAUUGAGUGAGGAAUGUUCUGCGGUGAUCUCAAACAAACUUCCCACAAAGAUGCCAGAUCCAGGAAGUUUCACCAUUCCUUGUGAGAUAGAGGGUUAUGAGUUUAGGACUGCUUUGGCCGACCUAGGAGCUAGUAUAAAUGUGAUGCCGUAUUCUAUGUUUAAGAAGCUUAAGCUAGGAUAG